GAGAGGACGGUUACUUGUUGUUUGUUUAUUUAUCUCGGUAUUAAUAAUUUUAACCAUCAGUUUCACUAAUGGAUAAGAUAAAUAAUUGUUUAAUUUGUGCUGUUUUGCGAACAUAAAUUUUUAAAAUAAUUUCGUUCAGUCAAAUUAUUGGAGUAGACAGUUGAGCUUUGACAUUUGAACGACUUAACAAAAAAAGGUUUAUAGAACUUUAGUCUGUUUGAGACUUUGGACAUUGAUGUGUGAGAAGAUAAAAAGUAAGAAUAAAAUGUCAGAGGAACGACUGUUUAAAACAUAUGAAAGAGAAUUGAAGGAAUUUGAAGACUGGAUAUCACAAAAUCCACGACUACCAAAGAAUAUAAACAAACUUUUACUUCUACGCUUUUUAAAAGUUUACGAUUUUGAUGUUGAUGCAGCAAAGAAGCUUCUUAUUAUCAACCUAGAGACACGUAAAAUGCAUCCGGAGUUAUUUUCAAAUCGAAAUGUCAUGUCCGAAGAGUUCCAAACAGCAAUGUCAACAUAUCAAUGUGUGGCAUUAAAGAAAAACACCAAAGAUAAUGAUAAAGUCACAGUUUUUCGAGUAGCCACAACUGAUGCAUCUAAAUUUAUAUUAAAAGACAUCUUUCGAAUGGUAAUCGCUUUGCUUGACUGUCGACUAGUUAAAUGUGAUGAAAAUGAGCUAAUCAAUGGUGAAAUUACAAUAGCUGACAUGUCAAAUUUUACAUUUAGACAUUUUACCAGAACCAUAGCUAAUUUUGGAAUCUUAAAAGCUUAUAUGCAUUACGGACAGGAAGCUGCACCAAUUAAAAUUAUUCAAACACAUUUAAUCAAUUGUUCAUCUAUUAUGAAUAGAUUGAUGUCAUUUAUAAAACCAUUUUUGCGUAAGGAAGUUAGUGAUUCGUUCAUCUUUCAUUCAUCGCUGGAGAGUUUGCAUCAACACAUACCAAAGGAUAUAUUGCCUGUGGAUUUUGGAGGAACUGCUGAGCCAUUGAGUGAAUAUUGUUUAAAAGUAAAAGAAGUCGUUGAAGGAUAUGGUGAUUAUUUGGCUUGUGAUGAUAACUGGAAAAUUGAAGACGAAAUUGCUGCAUUGCUGAAUGUUUCACAAGCAGCUUCUGUGUGUGCAAAAUAUUAUUUGCAUCAGUUUCAGUAUUCAAAGUUCUCUCAAUCUCGUCAGUCAUUUUUCGCAAAUUUAUUUUUACAUAAACCGAUGGAUGACAAUGAAAUGUUUGAAGACUGUCUUGAAGAGCAGUCAACAACUGACACAGUUUCACCUUUGGACAAACUUAAAGAGUGGAUUGAAAAUCACGGGAAAUUCCCAAAAAAUAUUCCUGAGAUUUUGCUGAAAAGGUUUUUAAAAGUGUGCGAUGAUGAUCUGAAGCAAACAACAGAUUUGUUGCUGCUGAACUAUAAGCUGAGAACUAGUGCACCGAAUUUGUUUACUAAUCGUGACAUCAUGGCUAAGGAAAUGCAACAAGCUUGCCAAGUUAUGCAAUUUUGUCCAAUGCCAAAGCUCACCAAAGACGGAAUGUUAGUGACAGUUGGAGGGUUGAAAGAUCCCGAUCCCAGCAAAUUCAUUUAUCUUGAUUGCAUCAAAAUGGCACUAAUGGUAUUUGACAUGAGAUUCUGCUCAUAUGAUGACGUAGAAAAUAAUGAAAUAGCCAAUGGCGAUAUUGUUGUGAUGGACAUGAAAGGAAUGUCAUUUUGGCACUUCCUUAAAGUUGUCAAAAACUUCACAACUGCUAAAUUUUAUACACAUUAUACACAAGAAGCAGUUCCGAUAAAAAUUUGUCAAACUAAUGUUGUGAAUCCAUCGCCGGCUAUGGAUAGAGUUUUUAAUCUUUUUAAACCAUUCAUGAAGCAAGAAGUUUUAGAUACUUUGAUAUUUCAUUCUAAUGGCUACGAGUCACUCCAAAAGACAGUGGGAAAAGAGUAUCUACCGCCAAAAUAUGGAGGCACUUGUGAAAUUGAUAUUGAUGAAAUCCAUAAAUACCAGUUGAGUAUGAUCGAAAAAUACCGGGACUUCCUACUUGAUGAUGAUAAUUGGAGGUUUUCAAAAUAAUUAUUAAACAUGACAAAAAAAUUACAUUUCCUGACACUGCACUGAAACUUAGAUUGUAUAUGCUGUAUUUUUUUUCAUAAAAUUAUAAUGCCAGAGAUAGUUAUGGAGAUUAAGUAGAGCGACAGUCUAAAAAGAUUUUUCUUUUCUUGUCUACGUCUUUUGCAUAACAUUUACCUAAUGACGUGGAGAUAUGAAUGAUAUUCAAAAGCAAGUCGGCGGCAAAUAAUGAAAUACGUGAUGAUGAUUCAUCAAUGAACGGGAUGUAGUUUGUUAUUGGUUUUUAAAAUUGACGUCUGAGAAAGUUUCUUGACCGCUUUCUUGAAUUUUAUUUGAUUGCAAUCUUGAUUUUCUUGGAAUGGGAUAUAAGGCUCACUAUUUUGAUGCAUAAGAACAAUCAACAGUUGAUGAAACAAACACAGAAUGUGUGAAACUACUGUUCCCACAGCUUAAUUCCAGAUGAACAUUGAAGUAGCAUAAACAAGCAUAAUCGGCUUAGCUUAAGAUCAAUUGUACAGCAUUUCAACUUCUAUAAGACAAACCAACAGAAAAAUGAAUUACUGCAAAUAACCAAUUCCGAUUGAGACUCGAACCUGCGUCUUAUGAUCAUAAGAUCACAUGACUCUACCAUUGCCCUAUUGAAAGUUAUCCUACUUUAUGAAAGAAUGCUUCAUUUCUGUUACCAUUGCACCAACAAUUACAGGAAAUCUAUAGUUCCAACACUUACUUUACAAGGUUCGAUUCCCAUAAACUUUGACUUAUCCAAUUUAAGUUUCCACAUCAGAAAUUAAAGAGAAAUCAAAUGCGUAAGAUUAACAGCUAAUAAUUAAGCAUUAAAAAAAUCGACUUCCUCUAUCUCCAACUCUGGCGACCUAAGAUACAUCAGCCAAUUAAAAAAUUUAACCGAAUUAAAAUAUUUUCAUAUGUGCACAUCUUCUAAAUGUAACGAUAUUGUUCCUAUAUUUCUAAGUGUAACAAGAUAACUAUUUAUUAAUAAAAUUAACAUUGAACUUGAAUGACCUUGAUGGCAUGAAUAUUGAAGCUGCUCUCUAAAUUCGUACAUGCAUGAUUCUAGAAAUAAAGGGUUAUGUGAU